AUGCCACGCUCAGCCACAUGCGACACUCCUGCCGCAAAGAGGCACACCGUAUUUGGAUAUGAUACCUGUAACGUACGGUCACGCCCCGUCUCAAACGGGCCUGAAAUUACCAGGGAAAGUCCGCUGAGGUCACUUUUCGGCCACGAUCGAGACGCUGACAAAACCGCCACCACCAUGUCCAUGGCCGCCCUUCGUCAUCAUCAUCGGCCCUGCUCUUCCAUCUCCCUCCGUCAGACUGCAGCUCCAUCUCUCCACAAAGGCUUGAACGUCCUCCCAGGGCAGUCUAGGGGCCAUUUGCCGUUCUGCAAUCUCUCCCCGCAUCGAACUCCUUGCUUCUGCCCUGCUCAGGCACCUGGACUCCUUCGAUUCGUUGUCAACCUCUCACAAUCACCUUUUCCCCCCUGA